AUGAAGAACGAUGAACCUUAUGAAACUACAGAAAUAAGUGCGAGGAAGCGUUCGAGAGCGACUCAAGCUUGUAUUAUUUGCCGUAAAAAAAAGAUCAAGUGUGAUGGUACAAAGCCAGAUUGUCUACACUGUCAACAGGCAGGCACCAAAUGCGAAUACACCGAGUGCAAAAAGCGCGGGCCACGCAAGGGCUAUGUCCAACUCCUUGAAGAACGACUUAUCCAAUUAGAAAACCGUUUAUCUAAUAUAGGAGAUAUUCCAACUGCAACGACACCUCCAGAACACACACCAUCACCAGCACUAGCGCCAGCACAAGCACCAGAAUCAAUACAAACAACAGCUCCUACAUUAAUAUCAGCACCAACACCAGCACCACAAGCUUCAACGCGAACUCAAUCGCCAAUAUUAAAGCGUAAAUCAUCAGAAACACCAAAUAUUAGAUUAAUUGAACAGCACGAUACUGUCAACUCUCUAUCAUCUUCACCAAAUUCAGCCGCUUCAUCUCCUCAGAAAACAUCUAAAAGCGAUAUUAGCCCAUUAUCUUCACAAGCUUACGGAUCUGUCACCAACGAUUUCCCACCGAUAGACAUAAUUAUGCAUUUGGUCGACCUUUUUUUCAAAUACAUCAAUUCCGUCUUCCCACUGAUCCACCGAGCCACAUUAAAGCAAUCUAUAAAUGAUGGAACGGUAUCCAGACCACUUUUGUGGAGUGUCAUGGCCAUUGGAGCAAGGUUCUCUGACCAUCCAAUGAUUAAGACUGACCCUCCGUACUGGGCCGGGGAGAAGUUUUCUGUCAAGGCUACUUCAAUGAUAAAUGCAACAUCAUUGGAGCCUACAAUAUCAAAUCUUCAGUUUUGGGGAGUUAUGUCAUGUUUGGAAUAUGGAAGGGCAUCUGGACCAAAGGCAUGGAUAUACGGUUGCAUUGCUGUGAGAAUAUGCCAGGAACUUGGUUUGAACAGGGAAGAAUCAUUGUGUGUACCUAUUUUGGAUAAGAAUGGCGGAGUGGAUACUGUGGCUAUGGCAUUGAGACGUAGAAUAUUUUGGAGUUGCUUGUGCAUUGACAAAUUCUCAAGUGCAGGCACCAAUCGCCCUCAAUAUUUCGAUAAAGUAGAUACUGACGCAAACACCCCCACUGUGCCAGAAAGUCUUUUAUUGCGGGAUCCAUUCCAGUGCGUAACUGUAGAUGGUAGAGAAAUCACAAAUGAUCCUUUAAUUGAUGUUUCACGAUACUACCUCAAGCUGCUUGGAAUCUUUGGAGAAGUGAAUAAAUUCAUGGCGCGCGCGAAAAACGACACUGCAGCAAUUUCUUGGCCACCAAUCGCUGAAUUUACUAUGUUAGAUAAGCAACUCAGAAACUGGAAAGAUACAUUCCCAAAGAGAUUCCAGUUUACACCUGCUAAUCUUCAGCAUCACAAGGAAAAUGCAAGCUUGAAUUACAUAAAUAUGUGGUUAUGCUCACAUGCAGUGUGGUGUACAAGUGUGCUUGUACUUCACCGAGGAAGUCUCGCCUACAGUGAACUCGCUGCAGGAGAUGUAUCUGAAGAGCUAUACCAGGAGAUACAAUCUAGUAUCAAUACAUGCAAGUCAUGUGUUGAUUCAGCAAUGCCUGUAUUUCAGGCUUUGAAGGAUUUAUGCGGUAUCAAUCUAUUGCCUUACAUGGGUUAUUCCGCCUACAUAUUCGCCACCGUCUUAAUGACAUCCACAUUCUCCAAAGAUCCGGAAUCUUGUAAAAAGAGCAGUAGGGGACUGACUAUAUUGUACGAUCUCAUCGAAUGUUUAAAAGACUAUUGGCCAAUGUGUGAACGUUUGGCAACGACGACAAGAGACCUUUUAGCAGCCCACAACAGAUUAUAUGAUACUCAAUACCGACAAAACUACCUAUUUGAUCAAAGCAUUCCUGAUAUGACAACAUAUUCCAAGUCAUCAGAGACUAGACACACACCCCAGCGCCCUUCCAGCACUACACCAGCCCCUGAAACUCCUCCUACCACUGUAACAACGCCUAAUUCUACCAACAAUCCAACAAGAAAUUCCAUCAAUUCUUUGGUCCAGUCUCCUUCUGCUGGUUAUCCUUACAAUAACUUUGGAUCUUCUAUUAUGACCCACAAUCCACAAAACUACUCAUUACCUAUAACGCAGCCUAUCAAUCCACAUGUAAACAACAGCACACUACAGCAACCUUUUAGUCUCCUGUCAGAUCAUUCACAAAACGAAGGUGGAAUUGGAGUUGGAGGUGACAUUGACUUUAAUAGUUCAGAGUUUCUUUAUGACAGCGCACUGUUUGGACAGAUAAUGCUCGAUGCUUCCUCAAGAGGAGCCAAUACGAAUGCCACGUCCUCAUUUCAGUUUGACAUGCCUCCCAUGAUCAACUACCCUAACUCAAAUAAUCCCAACCAAAACUUACCGCUUUAUCAAAACUCUCAAAUGAUUCCAGGAACAAAUACGCAACAGACCUAUUCUCCAAGCAAAGCAUUGUGGGAAACCUAG